AUUCUACCAAGAACCAGCUCACCAGUUCUCAGUCCUGCCCACACAUCCUGAACGCUGUGGCAUUUAAUGUCACUGUCUUUUCCUGCACUCUCAGCCGCUGUAUUUUGUCUAGAUUCAUCAGCUGCAAGAGCCUCAGAGCUGGCCAUGUCUCCGCACCCGGUGAGCCAUCCCCAUGCGGUGUUAUGUGCAGCUGUUCCCAAGUUACCCUGACCCAGACCUGGCUGCAGCUCAGUGCCAGGUAGGGUGACCAGAUGUUCCGAUUUUAUAGGGACAGUCCCGAUUUUGGGGGCUUUUGCUUAUAUAAGCUCCUAUUACCCCGUCACGAUUUUUCACACUUGCUGUCUGGUCAUCCUAGGCCUGGGCAAGCAUGUGGUGUUAUGUGUGGCUGUUCCCUGGCUGCCCCACUCCAGAUGUGGCUGCAUCGCAGCACCAGGGGCGCUGUCCCGUCCGGUGUUACAAACAGCCAUUCCCCAGCACCCAUGUCUGGGUAAUCCCCAUGCGGUUGGGAGUGCUGAGUUGACUGGUUAUAUCUGCCUCAGCUGACUGCUGGUUUUCAGGAUGGCAGGAAGUGUGCAGGGUGGAGACGGGAAAUGGGGGGGCCGGCUGAGGGGGGGCAGCACCACGGAGUUCUCAUGCCUUACAGAGGUGAGCAGCGAAGCAAACACGCGUGCAACUUGCCAGCCCAGACGACCGUGGGGCACAGCAGGACGGAGGAUACACACGCUGGGCCGGGGUCCCAGCACUUCCCAGCCCUCCCCCCAACACACACACACGGUCCUUGCCAUGCUGCUGCCCCUGCUGCUCUGCCUCCUGCCCAGCGCCCUGCUGCCCCCCGGCGCCUGCACGAGGGCCCAGAGCUCCCGGUCCAGCAAGUGCAGCCACCUGCAGUACUGGCACCUGCAGGCCCAGGCCUGCGUCCCCUGUGAGACCGGCUACGCACACAAAGUCCCACUGCACGGACUGGAGUUCACCGUGAACUGCGGCAUGAGGGACACAGGCGGCCGCUUCGCAUCUCCCACCCAGGAGUGUCCCUCCAAAUCCUUCAACGAUGGGCGAUUCCUGCUGUGCCAGCCCUGCUCCCAGUGCCCGCCGGGCGCCGAGCUCAGCCCCUGCACCCGCCUGCAGGACGCCCGGUGCUGCCCCCCCGGGCAGCAGCGGGGGCCGGAUGGGAGGUGCCGGCCUCGGUGCUGCUUCCCCACCGAGCAGUGUCACCCUGCGGUCCGGGCUGACAUCGACUGCGACAGACCAACGGAGGCUCCCGGCGCCGAGUCUUCUGCCUCCCUCCCGCCGUGCUGGCCUGGGGCCUCCCCCACGUCCCCCACUUGGCUUCCGUCUGCAGAGGGACCGGGGGGCUCUGGCCGCGCCCCGGGCUCUGCUUCUACCCCCGCCUCUGGGACCCCUGGAGCGCCCGAAUCCUGCAGCGACACGGCAGGCUAUGGCGGGUAUGUCGCUCUUCUGACGCUGCUGCUGCUGCUUCUGGUGCUGCUGACUGGGUCCUUCGCCCUCCUUGUCUGGACAAAGCGUGGCUGGUGCCCCCGCCAGGCCUCCAGCUCCAUGGCUAAGCCCAAUCUGCUGCUUUGCCCCCAGAGUGCAGAGGAGACAUCUGGCAUCAAAGCACCCACCACUGGCCAUGCAGGCCGGUGGGGGGCACCACUGCAGCACCUGCUAGAUAACCCGGAUGUGCUGGAGGAGCUGAUCAUGCUGCUGGACCCUGAAGGCAAGGCCGGGGCAGGUACCCGGCACCUGGCUGCCCGCUACGGCCUCUCAGCCACCUGGACUGACUAUGCCUAUUCCCUGCGCAGCACGCGCAGCCCCCUGCGUGCCACCCUAGAGACAGUGGCUGCCCGCCAGCCUGAUGCCACGCUGGGGCAGCUGGCUGGGCUGCUGGCUGCCAUGGGGCGCAAGGAUGCCCUACAGGUGCUGGAGGGGGUGCAGGUGGGGGUGUGAGGUGCAUGCCUGGACUGACAUGCAACCCCCCCUACCACCCACAGGAAGGAAACGAGCCAGGACCUUGUUCACAGUGCCCUCCACUCUAGCUGUGCCACCUCAUAUCCCAUCUAUCCUCCUGGGCAGCUGGGUUCUCCACUGCUAGCCUCCCCCGAGGGGGGCGGGGGGGAGUAACACACCAAGAACCAUCAAGGAGUGUAGUUAGAGUGAAGACCAGGACCCCUGAGUUGCCAGGUGGCUGGGGGCAGCUGUUAGAGCAGGCCUGGCCCCCCCACUGGAGGAGGGUUGAGGGGCUGCCCUCCCCCACCUAGUCUCAGAGCCCAUGGUGCAGCCAGUCACAUCAAAGGGCAGCAGGAGGC